CCCGCCCGCCGCGCCCCGGUGUUUAAACCUGGCGCUCCGCGCACGGGUAGGUGAGCGCCCUCCCCCGAGUGGUCAGGGCGCCGCCGAGUCGCCGGCGCGGCUGGAGGGCUGCGGGCUCCGCGGUCACCAUGAGACCCGUGGCGGCGGCCGGAGCCCGGGACGAGCGGCGGCGCGUCUGUCACUGCCCCGCGGACGGUCCUCAGAGGCCAUCGCCGCAGCCGCGCGAGCCGGAGAGCCUUGCACCAUGGAGACCUUGGACCCUGACACCCCGUGAGGCUGAGCUGACCACAAGUGGGAGCCCGCUUGAACCUGCGGGUGACCAGCAGGCUUCUGGAUCAAAGGGGGCCUUCGGGUUUCAGCACCCUGUAAGACUUUAUUUACCCAUUUCAAAGCGUCAAGAAUAUCUGCAGAGUUCCGGGGAGAAGGUGCUGGCCAGUUUCCCAGUGCAAGCCACGAUUCACUUCUACAACGAUGCAUCCGAUUCAGAGGAAGAGGAGGAGGAAGAAUCCCAGGCCUCUGACCUUCAGUGCCAGGAUACAGAGCAGGCCGAAAGCGCCCAGGAGCAGAGGGCAGAGAGCGGCUGACCCCCCCGGGACGGGGAUCUGGAGGCCUCGGUGGAAAGGGUCCCCUCGCCCACGGCCACUGUCCUGGGAGUGCUGAGCGCUCCUCAUCCAAGUAAACGGGGUCUCU